AUGUUACCGUUACACCACCAAACCCCUAACGUCUCUUUCCAUUUCUAUAACAUCUCAUUCAUUUUCAAUUUUCAAAUCUUCAACAAAAAACAAUAACAUUGAUCCAUCAAUAGAUUCUCGAUUCUUCAUCUCUUCGUUCAUUCUUCAACAAUAAUCACCGCCAUGGCACUUAGACCCAUCGAUAAUGCUCUUCCAACAAUUACCCAAGAAAGACCAAAAAAACAACCUAAAAUCGCUGUCGCAACUCAGAAACAACAGCAACAACAACAACCUCGUCCUGUUAAUGACGAAAAUCAAGUCCCCUCGGAACCCACCGUUGAUUAUAUCUCAUCCGACAACCUUAAACCCAUGUCGGACCCCGAAGCUCAGAUUCAAAGUUUGAUCGAAGAUUUGGAUUCCAAAAAUUGGGUCAAGGUUUGUGAAUCGUUGAAUGAUGUUAGACGAUUUGCAUUGUACCACUCUUCUCUUCUAGUACCCAUUUUGGAUAAAAUUUUGUUGGUGGUGGUGAAGUCAAUGAAGAACCCUCGUAGUGCUUUAUGCAAAACCUCUAUUAUGGCUGCUUCUGAUAUUUUCAAUGCUUUUGGUGACAAAUUGUUUGAUCCAUCUACUUCUGAUGCAUUUGAGGACUUGCUGUUGCAGCUGCUUCUGAAAGCUUCUCAAGAUAAAAGGUUUGUGUGUGAAGAAGCUGAGAGGGCACUUGGAUCAAUGGUGGGUUCCAUGACACCUCUCCCUUUGCUUCAGAAACUAAGGGUUUCUGUGAGUCACAAAAACCUUAGGAUCAGAGCUAAAGCUGCUGUUUCUCUAUCCAAAUGUGUCUCCAAGAUGGUUAAUGAGGAAAUGGAGGAGUUUGGGAUGGAAAAGUUGAUUGAAGUGGCAGCUGAUUUGGUGAAUGAUAGGCUUCCAGAGGCAAGAGAUGCAGCAAGAAGUAUUGCAACUUCAGUUUAUGAGGCAAUCAUUAAGGAUGUGGAAGUGGAAGAGAAGAUGGAGGUAUGGCAGAGUUUCUGCCACUCUAAACUAACACCAAUUAAUGCCAUUUCAAUCUUAAAGAUUGUUAAAGCUUAGAAUUGGAGGAGUAUUUCUUUUGUAGGUUUGCUCAUGCUUGAGGCAUGUUUAGAUGUUUAGUUUUAUUUGUGGCAGUGCUCAUGGUUCUACAUGAGUAGCCAUUAGCAAUAAUAUUUCAUUGUGUUUGAUGUAGCUAGCUACAAGCUACAUUGCUUUUAUAUAUUUUAGGCUAAAUAUAGGUAAUAUAUGAUAUGAUCCUUGAGCUUUUAA